AUGGCAGGAUCCGGUGUUGUAGCGGUGUACGGUAACGGAGCUCUCACGGAGACGAAACAAUCCCCCUUCUCUGUGAAAGUUGGAUUGGCUCAAAUGCUCCGCGGCGGUGUAAUUAUGGACGUCGUCAACGCAGAGCAGGCUCGUGUCGCCGAAGAGGCUGGAGCUUGCGCCGUCAUGGCUCUUGAAAGAGUUCCUGCAGACAUCCGAGCCCAAGGCGGUGUCGCCAGAAUGAGUGACCCACAACUCAUCAAGGAAAUCAAACAAGCUGUUACGAUUCCGGUCAUGGCGAAGGCUCGAAUCGGUCAUUUCGUUGAAGCUCAGAUUCUUGAGGCCAUUGGUAUUGAUUAUGUGGAUGAGAGCGAAGUUCUUACUCUCGCUGAUGAAGAAAACCACAUCAACAAGCACAACUUCCGCAUUCCUUUUGUCUGUGGCUGCCGUAACCUCGGUGAGGCGCUGCGGCGUAUUCGUGAAGGGGCGGCAAUGAUCAGAACCAAGGGUGAGGCCGGUACCGGCAAUAUCAUUGAGGCUGUGCGACACGUGCGGUCCGUGAUGGGGGAUAUCAGGUUGUUGAGGAACAUGGACGACGAUGAGGUCUUUACCUUCGCCAAAAAGAUCGCUGCGCCAUAUGAUUUGGUGCUGCAGACGAAGCAGCUCGGCAGGCUUCCGGUGGUUCAAUUUGCCGCUGGUGGUGUAGCCACGCCGGCAGAUGCAGCGCUGAUGAUGCAGCUCGGUUGUGACGGUGUAUUCGUCGGCUCUGGUGUGUUCAAGAGCGGCGACCCAGCGAGGCGGGCCAGAGCGAUUGUUCAGGCUGUUACUCAUUACAACGAUCCGGAGGUGCUGGCGGAAGUGAGCUGUGGGCUCGGUGAGGCUAUGGUCGGACUGAACUUGAACGAAAAGGUUGAAAGGUUCGCUAACAGAUCGGAGUAGACCAUCUUAUCCGGCGACUCUGCUUGUGUUGGUAUAACAAUUUCUAAUCCCGUUUCUUUGGAUCUGGGAAGCUAUAGUUUCUAGCAAUUUACGGUCUAAACAUAUAUAGGUUAUAAGGAAUUUAAUUUCCUGUUUGGAUUGAAUUGCUUUCACAUCCCUUCUUUAUGGCUCUUGAACUAUAAUGUUAGAUUAAAAUCCUUUGUGUUUGAUUUCUGGUGGAGUUUUCACACCUUUGAAUGUAUUGGAUUUCUCAAGAUUAUUACAACAAA